AUGACUUCUAAAAUAUCUUUAGUCGUAUUUGGUUUAUUAUUAGUAACCAUAGCCAUUGUUGUUCAAUCUACACCUGUUGAACCCAUUAAAAAACUUCUUCAAUUGUCCAAGAGGGCUGUACAAGAAUCUAUUGAUGAAACGGAACCAUCAAUAGCUUCGACUAGUUCUACAACAACCGUUUCUUCUCAAUCAUCGAACAUACCUAUAAUACAACAUAAAAUCAAUGAUAUUAAGAAAAAACGUAAUAUUUAUAAUUAUGAUCAAUUCGAUGAUAAUCUUGUAGAUGAUGACAAUGAUUUUGAAAAUAUAUUAUAUCCAAAAAUUAAAGAAAAUCCAAUCGAAAUUUAUGAUAAAACAGAUAAAUCAGUUAAUACAGAUAAUACAAAUGUAUUUACUGAUACUAUAAUGGAUCCAACUGAAUUUACAAAUCUUGCACGAAAACGUCGUAGUAUUAAAUUAAAUCCAGGAUCUAAACAAAGACAAAAACGAGCUUUAUCAUUAUACAAUUUUUAUAAUAAUGAUCCGUUAUAUGAACCAUUAAUUGAACGUCAACAAUUUAUCCGUCCAAGCCGAGCUUUUAUUUCACCCUUUUGGUACCCAUCUACAUAUGAACGAAAUAUUCGUUCACUUCGUGAACCAGUUGUUUAUGAAUUACCUGAAUGGAAUAAAAUCUAUGCGGAUACUAUUGAAAACGAUGAUGAUCAAAUUCCAUUUCCUACGAAUGAUGAUGAUGAUGAUGAUGAUGAUGAUAUUGGAUAUGGAUAUGAAUAUGAAUAUAAUCGUUAUCCAUUUUUCUCAGAAUCAUCUAAUAUUCCAUACGAUAAUUUACAAUUACAACAAGAAUAUAAUGAUGACAAUUUACCAAUAUAUGAAGAUGAUGAUGAUCAAGCUGAUGAAGAUUUUCUAACGCCUUAUGGACCAAUGGAAAGUUAUUUUAAAUAA